GGUCUAACAUCAUGAUAUUUGAGGUUUUGUCAGCCUUCGUAGACAUCCAUAUUUUCUGGCAACGCGGCCUUCGUGAUCCUCAUGUCGAGGCCGAGAAGAAUCGUGCGAGGGCUGUCCAGUAUGCCCGUGCGCCCCAACCUCAAAGUCCACUUCUGCCUUUCUGUUUUUCUGCAACUGCCUACCCAGGCAAGCACCGCAGGGCUGGAUGUCUCAUAUCCACUUGGAGCCUGGCUUUGCCUGUAUUUCUCCGCAUGCCACCUAUGCUGCUCAUCGGCGCGUCACCACCUUCACAUGGGGCGCGAGUGUUUGUAUAUCCUGCCCUCAUCUCCGCCCAUCUUCACUUCCCAUCCUCAUACCCCUCCAUAAUCGUAUCCCCCUUCCCAGCCUUCCCCCCCACCUCACUCAAACUAUUCAACGCAGCCCUCUGCUCCCUAAUCCUGCUCUCCAGCGCCCUGAUCUCCACCUCCUGUUCCUCAAUACUCAUCCCAAUCCCCGGCAACUGUGCAACCUCAACCCUCGCGCGCUGCAAUCUAUGUUUCAACGCGUCCGUCGCGGCGGGGAUCUCUUUCGUGCUCAGCGCGGCUGUCGCGUCGGGGCGGAGUUGCGAUGAUGAGGGCUUCGACGUGGAUGAGGGGGUGCCGAAGGAGGUUGCUGGCAUGGGGGAGGCGCCGGGCGCGUUGGAGGAGGUGGGGGGCUGGACGCGGCUUAGGAUGGAGGUGAGGACGGGGAUGGUGUCGAGCAUGGCGGGGGAGAGGUUGUCGGAGAGGGUUGUGGGUUGGGAUGAUGACGGGGCGCUGGGGGCGGAGAAGAAAGAGGGUGAGGUCGACAUGGCGAGCUGCUGUUUAAGGUGGUGUUAUAAAGUGAGGCUCAGCUUAGUUUGGGGUGGUAGGUCGAGUUUAGCUCUUUAUUUUCGCCGGUUCCCAGGGGCCGAAACCCGUCUUGCUCUUUGGUAA